AUGGAGGGGAAUCUGACAACAGCUGAUAGAAAGCAUUUAGAAGACUGUAUUGGGACAGGGUCAAAGAAGUUUACUCUAUUGUACAGUAUAACAAAAGAUGGCUGCUCUGGGCAAGCCUUCCAUCAGAAAUGCGACAUGCAAGGACCAACCGUUACUGUGCUUUACAAUGAGCAGAAAUCAGUAUUUGGAGGAUACGCUAGUUUACCAUGGUUUCUAACAAGUGGUGCUUAUGUUAAAGAUGAGGAUGCAUUUUUGUUUCAACUACUGUUCUCUGGAGUUGACAGGCUGAACAAGUUUCCGUUGAAGUCUGACAAUGCAAAAGGACUGUAUUCUAGGUCCAACUAUGGGCCAACAUUUGGUGGUGGACAUGACUUACUCACCUUUACUAAUUCACUAUCUUCAUCAAAUGGGAUAUAUGCUUUAAACGGUAGUAUAAGUGCAAGCAGCUAUGAUAUGAAAGGUUUAGGAGCAGAACAUAUUAACAACGGGUCGAUGAAAUGCUUGGAAUUAGAGGUGUACAAAGUGGAAGAUGUUCCUGUUCCCCAACAAUGGCGUAAAACAUCAAAGUGGUGCAAAGAACUUGAAGAAUCACUUAAAAGUUCAGUCUCCAGCAUGCGGCCUGCUAGUGAAAUGAAGGUUCCCGAUUUCCGGAUUCUACUGCUUGGCCCCGUAGGUUCCGGAAAGUCAAGCUUCUGUAACACAGUGACUUCUGUCUACCGGGGAAGGAUCACACAGAGGGCUAUAUGUGGCAAAGCUAAGCACAGCAUCACUUCCAUGUAUCACCCCUACACAAUCAAAAUAAAUUCUGGCGGCUGCCUAAACGUACGCCUUUGUGACACACGUGGCCUGGAGGAAGAGCUGGGCAUCGACCUGAUGCAGUGUAACUAUCUGCUGGAUGGAAACCUGUCGGAGUUCUUUCAGGUAGCCCAAUAUGUUGUUCACUUAGAACUCAUUUUAGUGGAUUCAUCUUUCGUCAAAGAGCCCACCCUGGUUGAUAAAGUACACUGUGUAGCCUUUGUGUUAGAUGGUGCUACUCUUGAUGAACUUCCCCAGCGUGUGAUUGACAAGAUGAAAGAUUUUAGAAAUCUCUGUACUCAGAAGCAAAACAACAUUCAUCCAAUCAAGAACUACAAUACAAAGGUAGAACUGGACGAAGGUGUCAACAUCCUCGCCCUGCAAGCGUUGCAACAGAUGCUAAACUACGCGGAGGAUUUUAUGGAGAAUAUUCAGCAGAGGGAAGGAAAGGCGCUACAGAGUUGUGAGGAAAAUUACAUGUCUGAGUUGGAUGUGAUUGAAGAAGAAGCUGGAACGCUUUAA